UUAAACAAACUGCAUAUCCGGUGUGAGCGGAAAUGGGCGUCGCGCGGGGCAACCAAAACGAGCAAACACGAGAGUGUGGACUUGCGGACGAAGCACAUAUCCUGAAGACUUGCUGGUGAAAUGGCCAGCAUCAAAGAGAAAGAGGAAGCCCGGACCGAGUUGGACUCGGUCGAAGCCGAGUUGGAGUUGCUGGAGCUGCGGAUCUCUGAGCUCCUGGAGAAGCAGGCCUCUCUAACCUCUAGGAAACACAAGCUCCUGAAGAUCCUCGGUGGCUCGUGUGACUCUGCUCAGCCCUCAGGAUCUGCCAAGCCGUCAAAAUCCACCUUCAGCAAAAAAGACCUGCAGCACUAUGAGGAGUCAGAUUUCUCCUGGUCAAAAGACGCUAAGGCGAAAAUGGCAACUGUGUUCAAACUCUCCAAGUUCCGACCUCUUCAGCGAGCUGCCAUCAACCUCAGCAUGUCAGGGAGAGAUCUGUUUUUGGUGAUGCCUACCGGCCGUGGCAAGAGCUUGUGCUACCAGCUACCAGCUGUCUGUUCUAAGGGUUUUACGCUGGUCAUCGCUCCAUUGGUGUCUCUGAUGGAGGAUCAGCUCAUGUAUCUGAAGUCCAUCAACGUUCCUGCUGUAACGCUUAAUGCUUCUAGUUCAAAGGAGGAUUCUAAAUACGUCAUGGCAGGUAUGAUUGAUAAAAACAGCCCCUUCAAACUGCUCUACGUGACUCCGGAGAAAAUCUCUAAGAGCAAACUGUUGAUGUCUAAGCUGGAGAAAGCUUAUAAUCUGGGUCUGCUGGACCGCAUCGCCGUGGACGAAGUUCACUGCUGCAGUCAGUGGGGUCAUGACUUCAGACCAGAUUACAAGCUCCUGGGCAUUCUCAAACGACAGUUCCCUAAAGUCCCACUGAUCGGAUUGACUGCCACUGCAACCAGCAGCGUUCUGAAAGACUGCCAGCAGAUCCUGUGUGUUCAGGAUCCGGUCACGCUUACAGCACCUUUUAACAGGCCUAAUCUCUAUUAUGAGGUUCGAUUUAAAGACAGUGAAGACACGACUAAAGAAAUUGCCGCACUGAUUCAAGGAAAAUACAAGGACCAGUCAGGAAUAGUCUACGUUUUCUCACAGAAAGAUGCAGAGGCGGUGGCUACAGAGCUGCAGCAGAAAGGCAUCCUGGCUCAGGCGUACCACGCAAACAUGGAGGCUUCAGAUAAGACCCUGGUGCAUCGUCAGUGGUCAAGCAAAAAGAUUCAGGUGGUUGUUGCCACAGUGGCCUUUGGAAUGGGCAUCGACAAAGCAGAUGUGCGGUUUGUUAUCCACCAUACCAUCAGCAAGUCCAUGGAGAACUACUAUCAAGAGAGCGGACGUGCAGGCAGAGACGACCGUCCAGCAGACUGCAUCGUGUUCUACGGGUUUUCGGAUAUUUUCAGGGUCAGCACCAUGGUUGUGAUGGAGAACACCGGCCAGCAGAAGCUUCAGAAUAUGGUGGCUUAUUGUCAGAACGUGGACAGGUGUCGGCGUGCCAUGAUGGCGGUGCAUUUCGAUGAAGUUUGGGAUGAUGAAGGGUGCAACCAGGCGUGUGAUGUCUGUCGCCAUGGCAGUGACUACAUCACCAUGGACAUCACCAAGCACGCACGUGAGGUAGUGGAGAUUGUAGAGCUGGCCGCAUCUCUGGACGAGAAGUUUACCCCUCUGAAGGUGUGCGAUACCUGGAUGGGGAAAGGCAGCUCCAAGAUCCGUAAAAUGUCCAAGGUCACGACCCUGUCACGCGUGGAGGUGGAGUCCAUCAUUGUCCAUCUCUUACUGCACGGCUACUUCAGUGAAGAUUUCAGCUUCACGCCGUACACUACCUACUUUUAUCUGAAAGCAGGACGUAAAGCUGGUUUACUGAAGAAUGAAAACCACUCUGUAACCAUGAAGAUGAGGAGGAAAGUAUCUACACCAAGUAUCGACCGAUCAGCUGCUGAGCUGCAGGAAGAAACUCACGGAAGCUCGAAGGACGUUAAUACUGAUCAAAGUGCAAACGUAAUCAAAACAAACACCGACCAACCAAACACAGAGGAGAAACUCUCCCAAAAUCAGGAAGACUCCAACUCACCACAAGCACCUGAAAGCAUCCAGCCGUCUGUAAUCGAAGUGAACGUAGAAGUGAACGUUCAGGAACGGAAAGCUGUCGCUGGAAACGGCGUCCAAGCUAAACGACAGUUAGUGCCAUCUAAACGAAGACGAAGGUUCUCGGCUCCGUCUUCGAAAUCGGUUCUGGCCAGCUGUCCGUCGGAGACCUCCAUCAUUUCCGCAGCAGCCCUCGAAGAGCUGUGCGACCUCCGCAACUACUACAGCAAACAGCUGAGGAGGAUCAACUACACGUCCCACGAGCAGCUCCAGGAACCCGCUUCAGGAAUGCUGAUGUGUAUAAGAGAGCCGCUGCGAAGUCUCCGCCUCCCCUCCGGUACCACCAUCGCCAAAAGCGCUAGAAAUUUAUGGACCCGUGUUAGCAUGAGACGGAAACUUAUCCAGAGGUGACAUAUAAACUCGCCUAUAUGAAGUCAGUUACAUUUUUAAAAACUAUUCACUUCACUGUUGCACUGCCCACUUGUUGAAAAAGACAGAUCAGUAUUUGAUUUCUAAUGAAGUUGUCUAAUUUUUGUCGUUUGUAUUAUUUAUGUUGGGGUUAAAAUAAUUAUAAUAAUAAAUAUAAAAAGAGUAAGAUUAGUAGAACUCCCUGGUAUAGCUUAGUUUUAAUUCAUUCCAAAAGAGUAAAAAGGCUUAUGAAGGAACCAUUGUUUACAGUUGCUGUAGAGUAAGUGAGAACGUUUCCAUUACAGUCAUCAUCACUGUAAAAGAGAAUGAUCUCUCUUGUUUAAUAAACUAAGAUUGUAGUUUGUUGUGUAAUGUUUUAUUCCUCUUGUACCACAGUAAAUUAUGAUUCGCUCUGGUAUAAGAGGAACGAAACAUCUCUGAUGUGUUCUAGGAAAAGAAUCAACGUCAGUGUGGUCAGUAACGCCGCUUCAUUAUCGUUGAUUAUUUUCCUGCGAACACAUACUCCCUAAAUGAUUUAUUCCUCAAAUACACGUUUGUCAACAAUUACCAUUUACUUUUUUAUAUAUACAUAUAAAAUAAAUAAAAUGUGCAACAUGCCAGUCGUAAUUCUGUUUAACAUGACGUUAUUGACCAAGUGACUAAUUUAUUAUUUGUUUAAUUUGUUAAUAAGAAAUUGGUUAAAAACAGCAGAGUGGCAUAUGGCUGUUAGUAUAUGGCUCUGCUCUUGUGUUUGUGGGUGUUUUUUGUUUUUCCAAAUGCAAUUUGUUUGAUAAAUUAUUUUUUUUAUUGAGCACCAUAUAAUCCUAAAUCUAAUCAUUCUUCCCAAAAGUAAUGGGGGGGGAAAUAUUGUGUUUAUUAUUUUUUUUUUUUUUGCUGGGAUUUUUCCUUGAUUAACGUUAUCCUUUGUUAUAAUGACCCAGCUGAUUACAAUGUUUGUACUUUGACCAGAAAUAAAGUUUCAGAGCUUAUUGUUA